CAAGCUCAAAGCAAUGUUGGCGCUAGCGGUGCUGGCUCGGAGAGAGGCGAGCGCCUUCGAGGAGGCGGGUUUCUGAACUCUCUCCAGUUAUUUUAAGCCGAUAAACUUAUUUUUAUGGGCAUAGAGGAACCGGAUGCUUGCGCCGCCAACCACUCAGCUUUUCUUUAGAGAGGCGGUAUCAAGCCGUUAAAAGCAGGAUCUCCAAAGUUCUGUGACCCUGGCCAAGUUAGCUUAUGUGCUUCACUUUACUCAUCUGCAAAGUAGGAGUGAUAAGCCUAUUUAUUAUGUCGGAUGAAAACGAGUUAAUACAUGUAAAACGCUUAGCACAGUGUCUGGAACGAAGGGAGACACAGCGAGAGAGGGAACACAAGCUGGGAGAGUGGGAGAGGGAGAAGCAGACUUCCUGAGGAGCAGGGAGCCCGAUGCGGGGCUCGAUCCCAGGACCCUGAGAUCAUGACCUGAGCCGAAGGCAGACGCUUAACAACUGAGCCACCCAGGCAAACAUGCACUCAUUUGAAGCUUUGGUGUUGAAGAUUUCAAAGGAAGGACCCAAGAUGUAAGUAAGCAGAAGGUAUGGGUUUCUUGAAAUUUAUUUUCCUUAAGUUUGACACUCAAAAGAAAAAAAUAUGGUAUUAAUUUGAUGGUCAUACACAAGAAAGAGGUACUUUCCCCUGUGAGGCAGUGCAUCAUAGGGGUUGAGCGUGAAGGCUUUGGAGCCAAACUCCCUGGGUUCACAUCCCAAUUUUGCCACUUGUUAGCUGUGUGGCUUUAAGCAGGUCACUUAACCUCUCUGUGUUUUAAUCUCCAUCCUUUAAUAACUUGGAUAUCUGGAUGGCAAUGUACCAAAUGGCAUAUGUCUUUUCUACCAAACACUUUUUUUAUUAUGAGUGCAUAAUAUAUGCAGAGUGUGUAGGUAAUGCUUUCUUGGUCAAUAUUUGCAUCUGCAAGAUAGCAUUAACCACCAUUCCUUGCUACAAUAAGGAGAUGUACUAGAAAAACCAGUGGAAGCUCACAGAAUGGAAGAGAGGCAGGAGAGCCACAUCUGGGGAAAGGGCAGGAAUCAAGGAUGCCUUGAUAGGCAGGUAACAAGAGCCAAACCCAGGUCACUCCUGGGACUGGUCUGGCUUUCAGAGCUCCUCUGCUACCCAGAAUGCAUCUGACCUCCAAACAUCUCCUCCUGUUCUGUCCGCUCCCAAGCUUCAGAGUCUUGGGAAGCAAGGAUAUUUGGCCGAGUUUCUGGCAUGGCUCUUCCUGCCCUUCUUCCUGCACUGUAUCAGGAGUGGGUAAAAGAUGUAUUUGAACUUCUUGGUUUCCACAGCAGGAGGUGGCAGUGGAAAGCACUCACUGGAGUCUGUCCUCCUGUCAAGAUUAGAUAAAAUGGAGAAUUCUACCAGUAGGAACAUGUGGUGUUUCUGUGUAGUAAAAAAAAAAAAAAAAAAAAAAAAAAACCCCACAAAUCUCUGCUUUACUUAUAUAAGACUUCAAAUUUUCCUCAGGAGCUCUAUGAGCCAUGGUGUGGUGGUUAAGUGUUUAACAAAUGACUCUGGCCCUGAUUUGUAGCGUUCGUACAUUUCCAAGGGCAAAGGCUCCUACCGUGGCCAAUUCCUGGCUACCCACAUGACAUCUGAACACAGUUGAGAAGAGAGGUACAGCAAUAUACUAUUAUAUAAUAUGUAGCCAUAUAGUUACAACAGAUGUACAUAACCUCAGGUGCAUAGAUAAUAGUGAAAUAUAGUAAAAUAAUGUGGAAGUAAUGAGUUUUGAGUAUUUAUUACCUUUGUUGUUAACAUUAUUUAGUUGUAAGCUUACACGAUUUAAUUUUUCAUAAUAGCUGUAUUUUAGCAAAUGCCUUGCAAAAGUUUUCAAAAAAAUGUUGUGAGCCAGCACACUAUUGCCUAGAGGAUGGAUCAAUAAUGUUAUUGAGAGAGAGAUCUUACACAAUACAGUGCUUGGUGAGAGGCCUGGGACCUGGACAUUUUAUACAGUACAUUUUUGUACAUUGGGGAUCCUCAGUAACAGAUUGAUAAUAGUAUCUGACAUUUACCUAACAAAACACAUUCUUAUUCAACAUUGCAUUCAUUUUUGAUCCUCACAACAAACCCAGGGAAAAGGUAUGCAAGGUAUAUUAUAGGUGAGGGAACUGAGUCAGAGAACCGAGGUGACCACUGACCAGUGGAGUGGAAACUAGAUUGGGGUCCUUGAGACUUCCAGUUCCCAGCUUUUUCCACACCAACCUGUUUCUUUGAACCCCUUGCCAUCCCUGGAACAGCUAUUUAUUAUGGGCAGACCUGUAAAUAAUCUGGGAUAUGUAUGUCAGCAUUUAUUUAUUCCCGGAAUUCAGCCCAGGGGACCCCUCCCAUCUCUUCACAAAUAAACAAUGAAAUGAAUUUGGAGGCCAACAGAAUGGACAAUGACAGUAUGUUGCAUUAGCAGCUUUGAUGGCCAGACUACAAGAUGGCCCCUGGCCGUCGUUACCCCUGGUGUUCAUGUCCUUGGACUCCUUCACUGAGUAAGGCUCUGUGUGGGACAGAUAGGACAUCGCAGAAGUGAUAGCCUACCACUUCUUACGCUAGCUGCGAAGAGCGCUGCACUUUCUGUCAUGUUCUCUUGGGUCACUGGCUCUGGGGGAAGCCAGCACAGUGUUGUAAGGACACAUAAUAAGCAGCCCACCAGGCAAAGAGCUGAGGCCUCCCAGCAACAGCCAGCACCACUUGUCAGCCAUCUAAGUGAGCCACCCUGGAACUGGAUUCUCUAGUUCCAUUCAAACCUUCAGGUGACCAUGGCCUUGCCUGACAUCCAAUUGUAACCUCAUGAGAAACCCCAGGCCAGAAUCACCGAGUUAAGUGCUACCAAACUCUUGACUCUGUGAGAGUGUCUCAAACCAUGAGAGAGAACUAAGGUUUGUGUUGUCUUAAGCCACUAAGUUUUGGGCAGUUUGUUACACAGCAGUUGAUAAACUGGAUUUCUUUACAAGCUGCACCGUAUAGGUUAUGGGUGAUCUUAAAUACAGAGAGGUGUUAGGGACUUAAGGGAGCAUUUCGAGUAAUUGUUUAUUGUUGUUUUAUUUUUGCUUUCCACCAAGGAAAUUCAAUUUCAAGUCAAGGUUCUGAAGCUUUGUACAAUACAACUUUUGAAAUGCGUUUUGUUCUUAAUGCUUUCCUAAAUGAGCUGUUGUCCAUGGAAAAGAGCACUCUGUACUGAGUGCAUCUGCAACUCUGGAGAGCAAGGCAGCUUGAACUGGAAUUCACUUUGGCACGGUGAAGUCACCUCAGCCCUCUAGACCCCACCUUCACUGCUAUCUUUCAUUCUUUUGGGUUUCUGGGCCAUGGCAUCUUUCCCCUUUGGGAAAACCAGGACAGGGGAAAAUAAUGAAAGAAAUUAAUUAGGAAGGGAGAGGGCUAGGGACCCAUUGAAUGUUGGGGGUGGAGAUCUUAAGAUCAUUUGCCAAACACCAGCCCCAACACCCCAGGGGGGACUGAGCCAUGACCCCUUCUCCUGGCGUCCCCGCCCGCAAAGUUCGCUCCUAGAAAAAUCCGCUCACGUCCCCAAGAGCGCAGGAGAGGAUCUCAGCGAAGCGGGAGGCUCUUGUGCCUGCUGGGAGAGGCGGAGCUGGGAUUAACCAGCUCCUUGGCGCUUUUCCUCCCAGCUGGGGGAGGACGAGCACGGACCGCGGAGUAGGCGCCCAACGUGGGGCGCCCGUACGCGGGCGGAGGAGACCCGGAGGUGGGAGAGCGGGCUGCAAGCCUUGACCCGCGGCCGCUACCCGCGCCCAGCGCGCACUGCCACCGAGCGCCGGCGCCUCCAGCAUGGAGUGGGAGCUCAACUUUCUGCUCUACCUGGCGCUCUUCUUCUUCCUGCUCUUCUUACUUUUCCUCCUGCUCUUCGUGGUCAUCAAGCAGCUGAAGAACUCUGUGGCCAGCACGGCCGGGGCGCUCCAGCCCGGGCGUCUCUCCGUGCACCGGGAGCCUUGGGGUUUCUCCCGCGAGCAAGCGGUGUGACCCGUAAGGCGCGGGCACUAGCGGGAGGGCACGGAGCUGCGCGGGCGCCGGGCUGGGUCUCAACCUCGAUUCCCUGUGCGCGUGGCCGCCCAGGUUCCAGUGCCAGGCUCGGUUGUAGCGUUGGCAGGUUCGUUCGGGUGUUGAAGGGGUCUGCGCAGGGGCGAGUUUCUCCCCCCUCGGGGUGGUUCUGGGCUCGAAGCGCGCUCGGUUGCCAGGCGCGGCGGGUGUAUGGGGUCUGGGCUGGCGCUGUGCUCUUGGGGACGGACCCUCAGCUUUUCCGGGGUCGAGAGAUGGAGAAAGAGAUGUUCGGCGGUUGGAGCCGGAAUGGCUUUGGGCACCUGCAAGCUCUUCUUCCCAGUCCCACUGCAUUUUAGCUUGUGCGGAAAGGAAGGAAAACUAAAUCAUUCAGAUAAUUCAAUCCAACCACUUCCAAACCAAAUUUGACAUCCCAAAUCGAAUGUCAACCUUAAUGUCCAAAUUACUGAGAAAGUGUGGGCUUUGGGACAGGAAGCAGGAGGAAAGAGUAUGCCAAAUACUGCUUUAAAUAUCUUUGCGCUUUGGCAGACGCUAAAUGGGGUUCGUCUGACCGCGCCAGAGAGGAUUCAGGGGCCCUUCUUCCCCUUAAUCCCUACUCCUCUUCUAGCCACCGACCCCAUUGAUGCCUGCUGAGUUGCCACACCAGGUGGGUUUAGAAUCUCAAACGGCGGGAGGGUGAGCGUUAGCGAGUCAUUUGGGAGAUGCCUUGGGGGUGAUGAAAAGAGGUAUACUGUUCACACGUUGUAAGGCAACAGGAAAAAGAGGAGCAAGGCUGUCGUUUCAGGUUACGUGACUAGACCAUUUGCCAGAAGAUUGGCGGGCAGCAUUAAACUUCUUAUUAAUGUGCCCUAAGCACCCUCCAGGCACUGUCAGUUUGGGGGAAUAACAGUUUCAUCUUCCAGAUGCUUUUUCCUCGAUUUAUGUCGUCUCGAGUUCUGGAACCGAGCUGUUGCCCUGGGUUGGUGCGCUGAAGACCACCACUGCAGUUACAGCUGGUAAGAGGCAGCCCUGCACGGAGAGGACCGGGACAACCCGAGACGGACCUUCGCUGCAAAUGGUAAGCGGGGACCACCCUUGAUUUCACUUUGUCCCUGGUUGUAACUGAACUUCUGAAGACCCAGAGCCUAAAAAAGUGAGAGGUUGGGAUCGAGGAAACGGAUCUUAGGAUCCUAGGAUCCUAGGACCUAGGAUCUUAGAACCGAUGAGCUUUCUACUAGGACUGGAGGAGCCGAACUGAUUUCUAACUAAGUGCAAGAAUCAGUGUCUAUGCAGAGGAGCCUAGAUAUUAGAAUGGGAUGUGAGGAGUGUUUAUAAUUGUAAUAAUCAUUUUGCUCUUCUGGAAAACAGUGCAGGGGGCCUUGGAGUUGAAAUACGGAAUGCAGAUAUACUUGUCUUCAGUAAGGGAAGAUUUGGGUUCAGUCACAUUAAGGUGGGAUGAGCUGUCCGUGUCAUGACUGAAUAUUGAAAAUAUUUAUUAAUUUUAGGUACAAGGACCAUGUAGAGAGGAUAAAAACAAGAAAUACUAAGUUUUGCCUAAGUGGAUAAUAUGAAAGUGACGUGGAAGACGAUUAUUUUGAUAAUUCUAGGGAAGGAAAAAGUACUCUCAUGUAGGUAAAUGGGAAAAUUUUUUUGGCUGAGACAUUCAGAUAAUUUCCCACAUUUCUAUUUCACUUUUCUAGAACAGCCCUGUUUUAAAUGAAGUAUAACUGUGUGUGUAUAUAUUUCUCUCUCUACAUAUAGAAAUAUACAUAUAAUUCUCUUUAUAUAAAUAUAUGUAAUUCUAUAUCUCUAUUUAUCUAUCUAUACUUCUCUUUAUCAGAGCUAUGGUACGACUUGUUUUGAAUUUCCAGUUUGAAUCCCAGAAUCAACUGCAGUGACUCUAUCUUGUAUUUUGAGCAAUAGUUCUGUAAUUGAUUGACACCCCUGCAGUAGCAUUUAGUUAUCGGGUUGUAUGGUUAAUAUGGACAUUGAAGAUGAGUGGGGGGAGUAGUUAAUUAGCAAUUAUUUUUUUACAAGGGUAGAAAACAAUCACUUCAUACUUUAUAAAUAACCAGAAGGUAAAUUAUUUUAAACACCUCUGUGACUUCUUGAGUUUGUAAUCCUUUAACCUUCCCAGCAGUGCCCCUGGUGUCCAGAGGUUUAAACCCUCCUGACUCUUCUAGAGAGGAGACUAGAGAACUCAGGGGCACAGCUGUAGAUGCAGGACUGAUGCCAUCUGGUGCAGUUCCACAGAAAAAGAGAUAAAAUUUACCCAGAGUGUGCCAUGUACUGGCUUUUCUGGGAAUGACAAGGUGCCAGGAUUUGUUUUUGGUUCAUUCGCAGGGGUGGAAACUUGGAACGAGGUUCCAAGAUGGUUGCUGCAGCUCCCCCAAGAAGAUGAAGGAAGCUGAAAGGGAAAACAGGGCAUACCAUUUUGAUUCUGCUUCCUUUUAAAGAGCUUUCUCAGAAGCCCAGCAACUUUUACUUACAUCUCAUUGGCCAGACUGUGUCAUAUCUGCGAGGUUGCAUGAGAAAUGUUAGUUUUUGUAGCUGGACAGAUGAUGGCCUUCAACAAAAAAAAUCUGAGGAAAUCUAAGGAAAAAAGAUGAUGGCGGAUCUUUGGGGAACAAACUAGCAGUCUGUGCCCUGGUUACAAAAUACAGUUGUCAAGGAGCAUAAUGAUUGAAACACAUCCAAACUGUAACUCCUUCACAGCUAAUAGUACUCCAAGCAACACUGCUCUGCCCAGAGAGUGAGCAGAGUGAAGACAUCCUAGGUUUUUUCUUGAAACACCUGCCAGAACUGGCUUUCGCAGUCAGCCAAUAUGCUUGCCCCACAUCAGGAUUUUCUAGAGGAGGACCCUGGGAACCUUCCACUUCCUUGGAGGACAUAGUCUAUGGAAGUUUGGAACAGGAUAAAGAAGGCUGUACCUUGCUGCUUUCCCAUCUGCUUCAUGUAUCUCUAAUUCUCCUUACAGAUUUUUGGUGGAGUCUAGUUUGUUUGAUCCCCAGAAAAGGAUCAUCCCUUUCAUACAUAGGAAAAAGUGAUCUAUGUAAAGAAAGGCUACUUUACUCCCUUCUGUGACUCUACCACCCAUCUCGGAAUAUCCUGGGAGAAGACUUGCUUCUCAAAGCUGCUUCCAUAAUCAGCCUACAUCCUGCCUAAGCAAAGGAAGAAGAAACACUUCCCACAUCCAGGGUUGUCCAAAAGAACUUUCUGUGAUGACAGAAAUGUUCUAUAUUUGCACUGUCCAAUAUGGUAGCCACUAGCCAUGUGUGACUAGUGAACCCUUGAAACGUGGCUCGUGUGAAUGAGGAAGUAAAUUUUAAUUUUAUUUAAUUUUAAAUAAUUAAAAUGUAAAUAGCCAUGUGUGGCUAGUGGCUGUUGUAUUGUACAGCGCAGUAUACAACUUUCUUUUUCUUGCAUUUUCCAACUACCUGGGAGGGGUUUGAGCCAGUCAUGUGCUUGGUGUUCCAUCGUCGUCACUCUCCCACCUUGCCAUUGAACUUGUGUCCCAGAGAAAAGGAAAAAUAGUAUCCUAGAACGAAAGUCAAGAUGUUAACUUGACAUCUAUACAUUGUACGGAUUUCUGUAUAAAUGGAAUGAUCUCCUGGGAAUGGGUCCUGUGAUUGAUGUUUGUGAUAAUUGAUGGUGGAGAAAUGGUGGUGGUGCUGGUCCACUUACCAUUCCUAGUGAACAUUAUGCGUUCCUAGUCAGAGUGAGUCAGCAGGAAUAAUUUUGUUCUGUUGUGCAAUUCGUUCUGGUUUAUUUUUGUAAUAUUGUGGCUGCUAAGUGAUUAUUCAAUGUGUGUUUUUCAAAAUACUUAGUGGUUUAUAUUUUUUAAAAGACUGUGAAAUAAAAUAAUUAUAUGUAACUCA